AUGAACAAUGCCCGUACAUGGCAGAAUACUGGGGAUGAGUCUCUAGCUAAUCUUUGCUUAUCACCUUCAGACUUCAAACGUGCACUAUCUAUCAUCUCAGAAGUACCCGAGUCUCUCCUGAGAGCUGAACUUGUUCGCAGAGAUGCGGCAGGAGAUGCGCCCUCGUGCGGUUCCGAGGAACGGGGCACAUACAACACGCCCCUGCAUGUUAUGGCACUAUUCCUUAUCUUGGGCUUAAGUACACUUGCAUGCUCAUUCCCCGUCCUUGCUCGUCGCUUUCCUGGCCUUCCAAUUCCGCGUCGUUUUCUCUUCGUAUCAAGGCAUUUCGGUACAGGUGUUUUGAUUGCGACAGCGUUUGUCCACUUGCUCCCGACGGCAUUUGUUUCCUUGACGGAUCCUUGUCUCCCUCGCUUCUGGAGUCAUACAUACCGCGCCAUGGCUGGAUUUGUCGCCAUGUUGGCAGUUUUUGCCGUAGUUUUGGUGGAAAUGUUUUUCGCCAUGAAAGGAGCAGGACAUGUACACAGCAGUGACUACGACAACUUACUCGGUGAUAUGGGACGUGAAUCCUUGGGCGAGUUUGGACAUGAUGCCACGAACUACUCCCGUUUGGAAGAAGCACAAGGCGCACAUGGUGGUAUUCGUCUAGAAGGUGUUCGUCAGACUGGUCGGAGGGGUUCCGACGAACCCGCUUCUGGCUCUUCGCAUGACUCGGAACGGCCGGCUGGUUCUCGGCUAGAUAAGGAGGAAGAUGAGGACGACACUAGCCUUGAUGAGCUUGAUGUUUAUGGUGAUGAUAUGCCCUCUCCUGUACCUCGGUCAGGCGCGCAGUCACAUCACCACCAUUCACGCUCGCAUAGCAAUGGUCAUCUUCGGCAGCAGUCGGAAUUACCUCUGCAAAACCCACAGCGUCAACUCUUACAAUGCCUGCUUCUGGAAGCGGGUAUCCUAUUCCACAGUAUCUUUAUUGGCAUGGCCCUCAGUGUCGCAACUGGGACCUCUUUUAUUGUGCUUCUCAUCGCUAUCAGUUUCCAUCAGACCUUUGAGGGUUUUGCACUUGGUUCGCGCAUUGCCUCUCUCAUUCCUGAUCUUUUCGAACCGUCUUCUGCGAAGCCUUGGCUGAUGUGCCUGGCUUAUGGAACAACCACUCCACUUGGUCAGGCCAUUGGCCUGGUCCUACACAAUAUGUAUGACCCUGCAAGUACCACAGGUCUGCUUAUGGUUGGCAUUACCAACGCUAUCAGCAGUGGUCUCUUACUCUUCGCUGGUUUGGUAGAGCUCCUUGCGGAAGACUUCCUGAGUGAGGAAAGCUACGGGACUCUCAAGGGUAAACGCCGGGUGGAGGCAUGCAUAUCGGUUGCCUGUGGCGCUCUGCUAAUGGCAUUCGUUGGUGCCUUUGCCUAA